AUGAAAAAUCGCACCUGCGCGGAUCGGUUCGAAGGAAUCCGCGUGCAUGGUAUAAAACAAUCACUACUGCUGCUCUCUCAUGUAUCCCGGGGUUGGGUUGCGAAAGCGAGGCUGGAUUUGCAGCGAUUUGGGUGGGGUUCACCUGCACCCCCUCCCUCUCUCCCCUUUUCCCCUGACCCACCUAAGCGUAAUCCCUCACGAGUUAUUGCAAAGCUCUCUCAAAGCGCACUUGGCCGUGAUACAAAUUCACAGAUCCUCCUCAUUCUCCUUCGAAACUGCUUGGGAAUUUCGCGAGGAAUUCUAUCGCCUUGGUCGCUUGCGCCGUUUGUUUUCGUUGUUCUCCUCUGCUCUUUGGGCAUCAAACAUUCAUUGUUCGUGUGCCUCCUCCGUCGUCACUCGGCGAGUUCUCCUUCCACCAGGAUCACGAGCUUCCUCGUAAUUCAUUGGUUGAAAACGCCGACCGCCGCAACCGCAAGCAAUCUACCUACGGCAUCCACCAGCACAACGUGCCCAGCGCCAGCACCAUCACCAGCCCUCGCAACUCCGCUACCACCACCACCACCACUACCUCCUCCACCACCACUACUCCUCACACCGCCACCACCACCCUCUGCCUGUGGUCGCGCGCAUCAGCGAAGCCGGGCGGCAGUCUCACCUGAACCGUCGUGGUGUGCGCACGUCCCUCCCCGGCGCUCUCGUCAGGUCCACACACACACACACUCACUCACUUACAAGCCCCCGCCGCCGCCGCUGGACGCACGCUACGACCGUGGUUGCCCCACUGUGCCCCGCUGCCCCGCCCGUGCCCGCCCGCCCGCCCGUGCCCCGUGCCCCGCUCGUGACCACCCACCGCCCAGCCCAGCCCCAGCCUGCUGCCCACUCCACACUCUGAGACCCUGCCUGGAGCACACCAUCCUCUGGUGCGCCCACGCCUUUAGUCUUCACCACGGACUCUAGUCUGGCCCAUACCCAGGGUC